GCGGCCCCGCUCCGCCCCGGCGCUGCCCGGGCGCUGCCCCACGCGUGAGCGCGGCCCCGAGGAGGAGCAGCGGCCGCGGCGGCAGCAGCAGGAGGAAGAGGAGGAGGAGGAGGAGGAGGAAGGAGGUCGCUCCCGCCGCCGCUCCGGCAUGAGCGCGGCUUUCCAGCCCUCGCUGAUGAUGAUGCAGCGCCCGCUGGGAAGCAGCACGGCCUUCAGCAUCGACUCGCUCAUCGGCAGCCCCCCGCCGCCCGCCCCCGGCCACUUCGUCUACACCGGCUACCCCAUGUUCAUGCCCUACCGGCCCGUGGUGCUGCCGCCGCCCCCCCCGCCGCCCCCGGCGCUACCGCAGGGCGCACUCCAGCCGGCGCUGCCCCCCGCGCAUCCCCACCACCACCAGCUCCCCAGCCUGCCCACGGGUUUCUGCUCCAGCCUGGCCCAGGGCAUGGCCCUCACCUCCACCCUCAUGGCCACGCUGCCCGGCACCUUCCCCGCCUCUCCCCAGCACCAAGAGGCCGCCAGGAAGUUCGCACCCCCGGGGAACUUCGAUAAAGCCGAGGGGAUCCCCCCGGACGGCGGCGGCGACGAUGGCAAAGCCUUCCUGGGGAAGGACGGAGCCCUCCUGCCGUUCCCCGCCGCCGACGCCGUCCAGGCCUCCCUCGCCGGGGCUCUCCGGGGCCAGGGGAAGGAGGACCCCAAAGCAGAAGAGGAUGCAAAAGGCAAGGAGGAAAGUUUCUCCAUGGACAGCGAUCUAGACUAUAGCUCGGAUGACAACAUCCCCGGCCAGGCGGCUCACAAGGAAGAGGACUCUGGCAACACGCUGGAGGAAAACCCCCAAAACCCCCCCAAUUCCACCAACACCACAUCCACGGGCAAAAACCGGCGGAGGCGGACAGCCUUCACCAGCGAGCAGCUGCUGGAGCUGGAGAAGGAGUUUCACUGCAAAAAGUACUUGUCCCUGACGGAGAGGUCCCAGAUCGCUCACGCCCUCAAACUCAGCGAGGUGCAGGUGAAAAUCUGGUUCCAGAACAGACGGGCUAAAUGGAAACGGGUCAAGGCGGGCAACGCCAACUCCAAGACAGGGGAGCCCUCCCGAAACCCUAAGAUCGUGGUCCCCAUCCCGGUGCACGUCAGCAGGUUUGCGAUCAGGAGUCAGCAUCAGCAGCUGGAGCAAGCCCGACCCUGAUCUCUCCCUGCGCUGCUUCAGAGCCACAAGUUUUUGAGGGAAAACUUU